UUUGUUGUUACCAAACCGGAUCUUGGAGUGUGGAACUAGUGAUGCUAGGUGCUAUACUUGGAUGUUAGUCCUUACUGGAUGUACAAUUAGGAGAUGAGAGUACCGAAUGUGUUUUGACAGUUCUGUGCGCGAUCAGAAGAAGAACGCGGAAGUGAAGAAUGGAGGCGAGCGAAUGGGAUCACGCGACCCUGAGGGAGGAGGAAUUUGAACAACAUGCUGUUUAUUUGGUACCGGAUGUUUCAGCAUCCCCGAACGAAUCGAAUCGAGCGGAAGCAUCACUUCCUAGAAAUUUGGUUCUUAAACCAUCUCAAGCUCUCAACGAUGCCUUGGGUGUCUGGAGUACGAGUUACAUCCCAAAAGGGACUCGCUUUGGACCUUUGGUUGGUCAAAAGUACACCAAGGAUUCGGUACCAGCUGAUGCGAACCGAAAAUAUUUCUGGAGGGUGUACAAGGACAACGAAUUGUUUUACUAUAUCGACGGUUACGAUGUCCAAAAAUCGAACUGGAUGAGAUAUGUAAAUCCUGCAUAUUCUUCAGAAUCGCAAAAUUUAAUAGCCUGCCAAUAUCAGACGCAUAUUUAUUUUUACACCAUCAAGCCUAUUUUACCAAAUCAGGAACUACUGGUUUGGUACUGUAAGGAAUUUGCCGACAGACUCAAUUACCCCGAGACUGGUGAACAAAUGCUUCAAAGAAUAAGACAACAAGUUCAACAAGCGACCCACCCAGCAGAAAUUCCCCCAACGGUGGAAAUUGUCUCCCCUCUCAAAGAUUCCACAAUCUACGAAAGGCGUUCCCAAAUGACCCCAACUGAUGGGUCCGUAAGGUCAGAUGAAGGUUACCACUCGAAUGGUUAUCACGACGAAAUUUUGACUCCCCCCGAAGAGAGCAGCGAAUCAGACUCCGAGAACUAUGUUCUCGAUUUUUCCAAAAACAAGGCUGCCGGAGAACCCUUGAAACAGGACUCCACAAUCGUGAAGAAUGAGUAUCGAAAAGUCAAAAUCAAAAUCACCAAAACGUACAACAACUUCCAAUCCACCAAAAAUCUGGACCAAGUCAAGGAGAAGGAUGAACUCUCGAGUAGAGCCGCAUCACCAGAGAUUCAAAAACCCUGUUCCCCAAUUCAAAAAUCCGGGAACCUUUCCGAGGAGGACCUGCCGGAAAAGAACAAACCUUUCUAUGAAGCAGAACCUAAAAACCCGCCAAGGCCCUAUCUCACAUCGAGCUCUAUUCUGGAAAAUAUUCUUCUGAGGAACAAUACUGACAGCAACAACAAUGGGAACCACAACAAUCUUCAUCAAACCCAUCAGGAUUCUGUCACUCCGCCGCCAUCAAGUCCAACCGAGAUGGCUUAUUCCUACAAAAAAUCCCACCGAUACGGAAAUAUCCUUCCAUGUAGUCCCGACUCGAGUUCCACUCUCCCGAUGCAGACUGAUCAUUCUGUGAAUUUGCCAAGUCCGAAUUUGUCCAGUGGAAAUCUUUACACGAAUAUCCACUCAAGCAGCGGAAAUCUCCUGGCUUGUAGAGACAGUUCGAACUCCAGAGAUCAGAGUGGAAAUCCUCACUCGACAAGUCUCCUCCAUGGAAAUAUGGACAGUCCUGGACAUAUCAAUUCCAGCACCAGUUCCAUCAUUCAUUCGAAUGUUAGUCUGCAAAAAAGAAAGAGCAAGAGUCCAUCACCAUCGGCGACAUCAUCAACGAUUCUCUAUUCCAACCCGGGACAAAUGGAAUCUUCGGUUUAUCUAUCCUCCAAUCCGAGUGUUUCUCCAAUCCCAAUCCAGUCUCCAUCCUAUCCCUACUUGUACCAAAACAAUUUGCACAGUGUGACACCAUUGUCGAUCAAUUGCUACUCCCCGACACCAUCAACGAGUGUUUACGAGAGAAGUGAAAGAAGGCUGGAUGUUCCUAAUCAUCAGAUGCCUUCCUCGACGAUGCAGAUGGAGAGCAAUCAGCUGAUUGCUGGAACUCAUAAUCUUCAUUUGGGACAUCAUCCGGGCUUGACUAUUCAGAAUGCUUCGCUGAACAGAUACUCUCCAGCGAGUAGUCUCUCGCCGGAUGAUCAUGGAUGUUCCCAGAGUGGAUCCUUGAGUCCGAAUUCUCAAGGCUCCAGGGGAUACAGAUCUCUGCCUUAUCCCUUGAAAAAGAAGGAUGGGAAGAUGCAUUACGAGUGUAAUGUUUGCUGCAAGACUUUUGGACAGUUGUCGAAUCUGAAGGUGCAUCUGAGGACACAUUCUGGAGAGAGACCUUUCAAGUGCAAUGUCUGCACGAAGAGCUUCACCCAGUUGGCUCAUUUGCAGAAGCAUCAUCUGGUGCAUACAGGCGAAAAACCACACCAAUGUGAAAUUUGCAAAAAGAGGUUCAGCUCGACAUCGAAUUUAAAGACCCACUUGAGACUACACUCUGGUCAAAAACCAUACGCUUGUGAUUUGUGUUCGGCGAAAUUCACCCAAUUUGUCCACCUAAAACUCCAUAAAAGGCUCCACACGAAUGAGAGGCCCUACACUUGUCAGGGCUGUGACAAAAAAUAUAUCAGUGCUAGUGGACUCAGAACCCAUUGGAAAACAACAAGUUGUAGGCCCAACAAUAUUGAGGACGAACUCGCACUUGCAGCUGCGGUCGGUUCCCCAACUUAUUACGAAUACGGGCCUGACAUCAAUGUUGGAAACAUGUCGAAAGAAUGUGAGCUGGAACACAUCGAAAACUACGAAAGGCGCAAUGGGGCUCACGGGCCCCACUCAACGUCUCUGCACAACCUCGAAAAUUCAGUGGGACGUCCCAGUGUAAUAGAAUCGUCCCAACCACACAUUAUCGAGUGUACUUAAAAACUCAAAAAUCCUAAAAAUGCGAAAUCCAAUUUAAUUGAAUCGCAAAGGUGCACCAAAAAAAUGAGAAUGAAUCUCACCGCAGGACUUUUUACUCGAUAAGCUCGAUAUUGAGCUCGAAAAAAAACUUUUUUUCUAAAAGACUGUUUAGAGAGCACUUUAGUUCGAGUUAUCGAUUUCCUGUUACAAUUGCACCAAGGAAAGCCUCUUGCCUCUUUUAUUCACAUAACAAAAUUAAAAAAAAAAAUAUUAAAAAAUGGGGUCGUUGCAUGAAUUUUAAAUAAUGUAUGAUGUCACGCCUGGAAAAGACGGUUUUAACCAAUCCUGGUUCACGUGCUUCGAAUACUCUGCAGUGUUGGUUUGCAAUGUUGCUCUGCAAUACCGAGGCAAUUUUUCAAAGCAAAUUUGAAAAAAUAUUUUGCAAGGCAACUUUGCAACAUUGCUCUGCAAUGCUGAUGUACAUUUUUACCCUGCAAUGUUGCAACUUUGCCAAACAAAUUCCAAAGGUAAGUUUCCAAAGCUAAUUUGCAAGCCAUUUUUGCAACAUUGUCUUGCAAUGCUGAUAUGCGAUUCCCCUCUGCAAUGUUGAACUGCAACGUUGCUCUGCAACAGCGAGGCAACUUUUCAAAGCAACUUUGCAAGGCAAAUUUGCAAUGAAACUUUGCAAGGGAACUUUGCAAUGAAACUUUGCAAGGCAACUUUGCAAUGAAACUUUGCAAGGCAACUUUGCAAUGAAACUUUUCAAGGCAACUUUGCAAGAUUGCUCUGCACUGCUGAUAUGUAAUAUUCUCUCUGCGACAGUGAGGCAACUUUUCAAAGCAAAUUGGUUAGGCAACUUUGAAGAGAAACUUUGCGAAACAAAUUGGAAAAGUAACUUUUCUAAGCAAAUUUGCAAAGAAACUGUCGAAAGCAAAUUGGCAAAGCAACUUUGCCAAGCACACUUGGAAGGUAAGUUUUCAAAGCCAAUUUGCAAGCCAACAUUGCAACAUUGCCCUGCAAUGCUGAUAUGCAAUUCUUCUCUGCAAUGUUGAACUGCAAUGUUGCUCUGCAACAGCGAGGCAAAUUUGCAAAGCAACUUUGUCAAGCAAAUUUUCAAAUUUGCAACUCAACUUUGCAACAUUGCUCUGCAAUGCUAAGGUUGAUCUGUAAUGUUAAUUUGCAAUGUUGGCUUGCAAUGUUGAUUAAUUUGAUUAUGAAAAAUUAUAUAUUUAAAGAUAUGCAGUUACCACAUUUCAGGCUUCAAAAAAAAAACAUAAAAUCGUAAGAGGCUUUCCUUUUCCUCGAAGAGACUGGGUGUAGAAAAAGCUUUUUUUGUAAAAAAAAGCCUAAACAAAUGGCGGAUUUUGUCGACACCCGCCAAAGAUCAAGAUAAAAUAACAAAGAUCCAAGGAAAAAAACCAGUGACGACACGACUGCAACUAUACGAGACCUGUACCUGUACAUACUAACAUUAUUAUUAAUUAUUCAAUAAUUAAGGUACACUACGUCGCAUAAAGUUAAUAUAACUUAAAAAAAGCUCUAAUUUAUAUUAUAUUAUAUAUAAAUUAUCUCGUCUGCAGACGAGCGGAAGGCUGCGCGCACAGGUGUUGUUAAUUUCAAGCGCGAUACACUUUAUAUGAAUUUUAAUGAUAUAACUUAUUAAAAACCAUUGAAUCUAUUUAUACGAAAGUAGAACGUUUAAGAAAAAGAUUUAUUCGAUUCUUAUAGCUAUAUUACAAUACAAUAUUAAGAUAGAAUACAAUUUUCUCUUAAAUUCUAUUUAGGAUGCUCAAACUAAACUAUCGUCCAAAAUUCUGCAAUCACUUGCAAAUGUUUUAUUAGAUAGAUAUAGUAAUUUACAACUUUUAACUUAUAAACUUGAUAUUUUGAGAAUUUUUGGACGUUAGUCUAAAACAGAUCUUUUUUAUAAUAAGAAAUCUGCCUUCACCAUUGACUUUUGCACAAUUCUUCUUAAAAAUAUUUCAAUCCAUCAACAGCACGCAAUGUUCAUUUGCAAUGUUGCUGCAAAUUUGAAUUCCAUUUUUGCUGCAAUAUUGUGUGGCAAUAUUGCUGCAAUGAAAUUUCAAUAUUGCUUUGCAAUGUUGCUCAGCAAUGUGGCGUUUCUCUGCAAUUGUAAGUUGCAAUGUUGCUGCAAAGUUCAUUUGCAAUAUUGCUGCAAUGUCGUCCAAAAAUCGUGGAUGAAGAUUGCUGCAAUAUUGCUCUAAUGUUAUUUGCAAUAUUGCUGCAAAGUUGCAUGCUGCUGGGGAUUCUCAAAAUGGCGUUUGCAAGAUUUCUUAAAUAAAAAUUAGAAAGUUGUUUAUAAAGAUCUCUAAACUAGGAAUUGUGUUGUUAAAGGGUCUUUUGCGUCAAAGUAACUUGUUCAUCACGUAAGGCUGACUUACGGUUAGAAAAUCGCGCCAACUUGAUUAUUUUUAUACAUGUUUAUUUUUAUACUUAACUUUUUGUAAAUCUUUUCCAGUGCAAUAAUCUCGUAAUUGUAAGCGAAUUUCUCAUAAUUUAUCGCGAUCAUUCUUUUCUACGACUUUUUAUUCAUUGUUUUUUAUUAUUGGUAAAUCGAUUUACCAAACGAUCUUUUCUCCUGGAUGCCUUCUUUUUUGCUCACUACUUGUGCACAAUAAAAAUGUGCUGCAAAGUUGCAGGGAAACAUUUUAAAGCGAUAUUGCAGAGCAACUUUGCAAAGUGAAGUUGUAAGUCAAGAUUAUAAAUCAACACUGCAGCAACUUUGCAAAGAAACAUUGCAAGGUAGUGUUGCAGCAACAAUCCAUAGCAACAUUGCAAAAUAAGUUUACACAGCAAAUUUUCAAUGCAAUCAUGAAAAGCAACUUUGCAAAUCCACCUUUAAAAGAAAUAUUCAACAGCAACGUUGUAAAACAUCAUUGCAGCAAUGUUGAAAUAGAACUUUGCAAACCAACUUAACGAAUGAAUGUUGCAAAGCAAACUCACAAAUCAACUUUGCAAGGCAACUUUGCAAAUCAACUUUUUAACGGAAACUUUGCAAAGCAAAUUUGCAAAUCAACUUUGCCAGGCAACUUUGCAAGGAAAAAUAACAGCUAUAUGAAGGCAACAUUGUCGUAAAACUUCAUGGUCUGUACAGCAAAUUUGCAAGGCAAUCAUAAAAAGCAACUUUGCAAAGCCAAAUUCAAAAAGAAACAAUCAACAGCAACGUUGCAAUACAUCAUUGUAAAAAUGCUGCAAGUCAACUUCACAAACAACUUUGCAAAUCAACAUUGAAAAUGAACUUUGCAAGGCAAAUUUGCAAGGUAAAUUUGCAAGGUAAAUUUGCAAGGUAAAUUGGCAAAUCAAUUUUGCCAGGCAACUUUGCAAAGAAAAAUAACAGCUACAUUGCAGCAACAUUGUAGUGAAAUUUCAUAGAAACUUUACACAGCAACUUUGCAACGCAACAUUGAAAAGCAGCUUUGAAAAGCAGCUUUGAAAAGCAAUAUUUAAAAGGAAUUGUUAACAACAACGUUGUAAACCAUGAUUGUAGCAAUGUUGCCAAUCAACUUUCCAAGGCAACUUUUCAAAGCAACUUUGCAAAAUUUUUAUACAUUUUUUAUUUCCAAGGACCGCGUACUUCCAAUAAAGUAGUCGAUAAGUAAUUAUUUUUAAGCGUCAGACUGUAAACGACAGAGUCACUUUGAGCGCAGCCUACCGUCAAAAACGCAAUACAACGGAUAGUAUAGAAAGUGAUUCCAAAUUUUCAAAAGUUUUGAAUACUAUAAAUUUAGAAUCACUAUUUUAUAAUUGUACAUAUUAUAUAUAUUUACUCACGUAUCGCAGAUUCACGGGACCGUGCGUGGAACAAUUAAAACGAUAUUUUUAUUCCAACAAGUUGAUUUUUAUUUUGAAGGACUGCCCCUGAAAUAUAAAACAAAAAAAAGAAUAUCUAAUAAAUGGAAAUGGAAAUGGAAAUUCUCAUAUUUGGCCUAAAAAUUAAUCUAGACUUGUAAAUAAAAAAUCGUUUUGUAAAUCUAUUCGAAAAAUUGUGAUAUCAAUAAUAAUCGAUCAAAAAUUGGGAGAUUAUAUCCCAGUAUGAAGACUGAGGGUUUUAAAAAGUAAAGGGAAUCAAAAUUUACAAUGCUUUUCCUUAAUAUAAUUAAUUGCAAAAUUUUUCUUGAAACCUGUGAAUAUCUCGCAAAUAGAAAUUUAAAAAUUCGAAAUUCUCAUUCUUGUAAAUUUGUACAUUUUUAUUUCAGAGUCGAUGAGACUGUGUACAAUAAAUUUUAAUUGUAAGGACGAUUCGGCAGGUCCUUGUUAAUCUGAAAAUACGUGACAGGCAUUGCAGAAAUUUAAGGCAUUUUGUGGAAUGAAAAAGUACGCUAUAGUAGCGAUUUCUUUCAAACAAAUAAAAAAAUAAAAUAAAAAAAUGAAUUACAAAAACAAGCAGACAAAAGAGUUGAAAAAUUAUCGAAACACGGCGUCUCAAUCAAAA